AAAAUUAAAUGAAGAGCGAUGGCUAGAAGCAUCUCUCGGUCGCCGUCGUACCGGCGUAGGCGCUCACCGUCGCCACCCGAACACCACCGUAGUAGAAGAAGCAGAAGGGCUGACCGCAGCCGAUCUCCUUAUUCUAAUUCUCAACCCAGGAGAAGAAGUGAUUCUGAUUCUCCACCUCCUCGUCGCCAUCGGAGCAGUCGUUCGCCCAGUUAUAGGAGGCGUAAAAGCCGGUCUCCAACAGCUCCUAGGCGGCGUAGAAGACAACGAAGUAGAAGUAGGAGUGAAUCAUUAUCUCCAUUGCCUAGGUCAAGAAGUCUAAGUAUUGCUUCUACCAAAAAUGCUGUUGAGAAACUAAAGAAAGAGGAGGAAGAGAAGAAAAGGCGUCAACAAGAGGCUUUACUAAAACUAUUAGAGGAAGAGACUGCAAGGAGACUGGAAGAAUCCAUUCGAAAAAAUGUGGAAGAGAAGUUAAACUCUAAGGAAGUUCAGUUAGAAAUAGAGAGGCGGAUAGAAGAAGGUCGAAAGAAAUUGUUUGAUGAUGUUGAAGCUCAACUUCAUAAGGAAAAGGAAGCAGCGCUUGCUGAGGAAAGAAGGAAAGAAGUAAGAAUUUUGAACUCGUGCUAGUUACUUGUCCCUUUGUUGCAGGUUGGUUAUGAACUUCCACCUGCCACCUGCCUAUUGGUAUUUUAUUUGCAGUCAUAAAAAAUCAGGACCUUAACAUGUAAAAUGUUUAAAGGAAGUGGCCUAUGUUAUAUAGUAAUCAUAUGUUUUAACUUCUAUUUUAUAUUGCAAAGAGUUUUUGAAGAGAAAAAAAAAUAAUCGAGGCAUUGACAAUCUUGUAAUUGAAGCCAUCUUGUUAAUGCUUCAACUUCUAUUCUUCUUUUAGGUGUGAGGAUAGAUUGUUGAGUCUUGUGAAUCCAUUGCGUUUUCUAUCACUGUGUUUAAA